AUGUUCCUUAGCUUCUCUGUUACAGGGGUCUUCCUGCGACCUUUUGUGCAGUUAUUGCAAACCGCAGCUAAACAGGGUGAUGGUCUUUUCUUUGAGCCACACAAUGAUGUGCUGCUCCUUCGUGCUGUUAACAGCAGUCGCAGUACGCACUUCCUUGUUACGAUAGCCGCCUCUCAUCUUGAGGCCUACCGCUGUAAGAGAAACAGUGGUCAUCACACACAUGACAAUAAUAAUAAUAAUAGUAGUAGUAGUAGUAAUAAUAACAACAAACAUAAUAAUAAUAAUAAUAAUGAUGAUGAGAGUCCUAAUAGGAGAGAUUCUACUACAGAUAUAGAUCAUACAGAUUUAACGGAUGUCCAGGGAAAUGAUAAGACAGAGUUUCAUUUAUUAUUGCCCACGAAAGCCUUAAUGGCUACUGUACUACGACAAGCCCAAGGUCUCUCCGCUAUUCAUCUUCACUAUGAUGGAACCACACAAUGUGAUGAAAUGGGAGAAUCCAAUUGUGAUACUCUUCAAUGGGAAUGUGUGAUGUCCUGUGGAAUUGUAAAGAAGUUUGCACUUCCACUAGCGGAGGGACAACCCGAACGGGCGUUUGUUCCUCCCGAUCGUUUUAUCUUCGAUGCCUGUGCGGCUGCGAGAGAGUGGGGUGCACUGUUGGGAUGUUUUCCACAAUCCACACCGCGAGUUGUGCUGCAGCCUCUUCCAUCGGGUCUUAAGUUGUGGGUUCUCGCAGAUGCUGAUAUCAAUAAUGGGAAUGGGGCUCAACCAUCAUUAGAUGCGCAUAAGAAUGGAGCCGCAGAGACAAUGGUAGUAGCAUCGCAUGAACACUUUCUUUUCGUACAGAUGCAUUCUCAACAACAACAACAACAACAAGGAGAAGGACAACAACUACAAGAUGGUGAGAAGAAUAUGAUAGUAAGAAGAACAAUGUUAUUACCAGGAAAAAUUAUUGAAGUAAGACCAUUUAAACAAGUUUGUAUGCUGGCAGAUCAACUUGGAAUGAUGAUUCGUGUUCGUUCUGGUGAAGAGGGACUUCCACUCUUUCUAGAAGCUAUUACAACAGAUGAAGCCCGUCAAGCUACAUCUAAUGCCGCUAUUCAUUCAUCGGCUUUCACUACAGAUAAUAAUAAUAAUAAUAAUCAUAAUCAUAAUUAUAAUACUACUGUGGCUCCACAGGCAUUAUUUCACAAACACUCUAUACCAGUAGAACAGCCUUUUCAAGUGACUUUCUCAAUGUAUAUCGCCGCCUUUGAUGUCCCACAGAGUGCAUUAGAGAAUAGUGAACAUCACAGAACCUCUGGUAGACGAUCUACCAACUCCACUGCUAUUACUUCUGCAGAGGAUGCUGUUGUGAUGGGUGUGAGUAGUGAGAACUUAUGCAGUGAUCCAUCCAUUACCACCUGUGGUGAGGCAGUGAUGCCAUCUGAGAAUGUACUUCCUACAGCCACAAAGACUGUAGAGACAUCCUCUGUGACCGCUCGUGAUUUAUUAACAGCACUUACUAUGCCUUCUGCUAAUCAACAUCCUCCUCAUACGAAUAUUAAUAUGAAUACUGUUAGUAGUAGUACUACUACUACUACUACUACUACAAUGGGGGAAUUGGAUUACGCUGCAGGAUCUGCCAGUUCUCCUCCACAUGUAUUAGUUGCCGCAUCUCCCACACAAGGCCGUAGUGAAUAUACCAACGAACCAUCCAUGGUGAAUGCGAGUACCACUACUCCCAUUCAUGAGAACUGCCGACUCUCUUCAUCUUCUUCUGUUGGGGCUAUAGUGAUGAAGGGAACUCCAGAGGGUGGGGGCAUCAUUACACAACGCAGUCACAGUAAACGAUCUCGUGAAGGGAGAGAAGAUGUGAGUGCAUCUCCACUACAUCAACACAUCUCACCUUCUGUUCAUACGACUCAUACUACUAUUAAUACUACUACCGGUAAUGUGGGAAAAUCACCAUCGUUUGUGGCUGCAACGAAUACCUCCUCUUGUGCUCCUUUACAGAAUCAACAAAAACAACAACAACAACAACAACAGUGGCCACAGUUGUCUUCACUAAAUGGUGUUGCAGAGAGUCCAAUAAACGCUCGACACCCACUUGAUUUUAAUGCCUUUAUGCGGGAAAUUGCUGAAGAGGCGAAUGAAGAGAUGUAUGACGAUGAGGAAGAUGAAGAUCUGCAACGCUUUCUUGAAAGCUGUGCCUCAAUGCUUGUACUCCCAGCAACGCCAUCUACACAACCCGAAUAA